CCCGGCCGCAGUGUUGUCGUCCGCGCUCCGCUCGGGCUGUGGGGUCGGUGCGGAGCUUCAGUCAUGAAGUCGGGGUAGGGACGCUCCCGCAGCGACGCGGCCGCCCAGCCUGUUUGUGCGGCGGGGCCAGGCUUCCAGGUGAUUUACAGCAAGAUGCUGCUCUCCAUAGGGAUGCUCAUGCUGUCGGCCACACAAGUCUAUACCAUCUUGACUGUCCAGCUCUUUGCAUUCUUAAACCUACUGCCUGUAGAAGCGGACAUUUUAGCAUAUAAUUUUGAAAAUGCAUCUCAGACAUUUGAUGACCUUCCAGCAAGAUUUGGAUAUAGACUUCCAGCUGAAGGUUUAAAGGGUUUUUUGAUUAACUCAAAACCAGAGAAUGCCUGUGAACCCAUAGUGCCUCCACCACUGAGAGACAAUUCAUCUGGCACUUUCAUCGUAUUAAUUAGAAGACUUGAUUGUAAUUUUGAUGUAAAGGUUUUAAACGCGCAGAGAGCAGGGUACAAAGCAGCCAUAGUGCACAAUGUGGAUUCUGACGACCUCAUUAGCAUGGGAUCCAACGACAAUGAUGUGCUAAAGAAAAUUGACAUUCCAUCUGUCUUUAUUGGCGAAUCAUCAGCUAAUUCCCUGAAAGAUGAAUUCACGUAUGAAAAAGGGGGCCACAUUCUCUUAGUUCCAGAAUUUAGUCUGCCUCUGGAAUACUACCUAAUCCCCUUCCUUAUCAUAGUAGGCAUCUGCCUCAUCUUGAUAGUCAUUUUCAUGAUCACAAAAUUUGUCCAGGAUAGACAUAGAGCUAGAAGAAAUAGACUUCGUAAAGAUCAACUUAAGAAACUCCCUGUACAUAAAUUCAAAAAAGGAGAUGAGUAUGAUGUAUGUGCCAUUUGUUUGGAUGAAUAUGAAGACGGAGACAAGCUGAGAGUCCUUCCCUGUUCCCAUGCUUAUCAUUGCAAGUGUGUAGACCCCUGGCUAACUAAAACCAAAAAAACCUGUCCAGUCUGCAAGCAAAAAGUUGUUCCUUCUCAAGGCGAUUCAGACUCUGACACAGACAGUAGUCAAGAAGAAAACGAAGUCUCAGAACAUACCCCUUUACUCAGACCUUUGGCUUCUGUCAGCACCCAGUCAUUUGGGGCUUUGUCGGAAUCCCGCUCACAACAGAACAUGACAGAAUCUUCAGACUAUGAGGAAGAUGACAAUGAAGAUACCGACAGCAGUGAUGCAGAAAAUGAAAUUAAUGAACACAGUGUUGUGGUCCAGCUGCAGCCUAACGGUGAACGCGAUUACAGCGUAGCGAACACUGUCUGACCUUCAGAGGGUGACUGCGUUAUUUCCCUUUAAAAUGUUUACUUAGGUAUAUAAUUUGAUCUUUUUGCUCCCUUCAGAGAUUUCUGUAGAAAUAACUUAUCUUUUAGUAUUCUACAGUUUAAUCAGAUACUGAAGCAGGUGGUUCUGAUCUGGUAUCUGUCUGCAGGAGUGUACUUCAUUUCACUAACAACUGACUGGUGCUGUAGUCAAGCAUCACAUCAACUCUUUUUUGGAAUGAAAUAUAGCCAAAACAUUAAACAAAAAUUCCUCAGUAUUGCUUGCAGUUAAGACCUAGAUCACAGGGUGCCAAUGUUCCGGGUUUUACACACGCGAUCCUUGCUGUGGCCCCAGCAUGAGCGGAAGCAGCUCCGUCUCCCUCAGUUACCUUGAGGCGGCGAGCUGGCGUAUGUCUGCUCUGCUAUUUCCCCAAAUGCCAUCAUUAGUGAGAGGCCACAAGGUAAUCAAGCAUUUUUCGUCCUAUCGGCACCACAGAGAAACUUAAAGCUCUUUUUCCUUUCUAUUCCCAAGUAGUCUUAUCUUGAUAGGAAAGGUCUGUACUAGCACAGAUUUCAAAAGCUUUUUUUCAAGAUUUUUAAUACUACAGUGUUAUGUAUGAAUUUAAUUCAUCAGCUAAAGUAACAUGUCUCUGGACUUUGCUUACUAAAUUUCAGUAUCCUUAAGGGUUUUAUGUUGUGAUCAAAGCAAAAAGAAAAUGCUGUAUAAAGAUACCAAACUUCAGCAACUGUUAAUACUCAGAUCAUAUACCUCUUAAUAAAGAGCAUCUUAUGCUAAUUAGCCCUGCUAAACUAUGUACAGAGGAAACCAUUCAAGUAUUGGAUUUGAAAAUAAUUGCUUAUGUUUAACAGACAGAACUAAUGAUGUAUUUAAACAACGUAUUAUGAAAAGCUAAAUUAUAUUAUACGUCACUGUAACUAUGUAGAAAUAUAGACUCAUGUAUAAUCAAAAUGCUAAGAAUUUUUAUAUGGCCUUGUAUGAAGGGAGUUUGAAUGUUAAUAAACACGUUUUCCACUUUAAGAA